AUGCAAUUCCUCACCCCCCUCACCCUCCUCUUCCUCACCCCCCUUCUCCUCGCUUCCCCCACCCCCCGCUCCCCUAUCUCCGCCUACGAAGUCACCAACAUGGGCCUCUUCCACGGCUCCGGGCGUCCCGGCAACGUGAACAACUACGUCGUGAACAUCCGGAUGCACGACCUCGACCCGGCCGCGAGCGACGUCUACACGAAUUGCACGGCGACGUGGCCGAUGGCUGAGCCAAACACGUGGCCUCACGAAUAUGUGGACUGCGCGGACGACGACGGGAAUGCGAGCUUCCAGUGGAAGUUUGGGAGGUUUUCGAGCCUGUCAGACUUCUUGUUCGAGGCGAAGCAUACGUAUGAGGAUCCGAGUGUCGGAUAUCCGAAUAUCGUUACGACCUGGGCGCACGCGAAUGUGACUGCCGGGCCAAACGCUGACCUCACAUGUGUCGGUGGUGCAUCAGGAGUCUUUUCGUGCGGAUUGCGGGACAGGAUCCCUCUUCGUGUUGAUGUCUAUCAGGCGAUUGCGUGA